AUGAAGUCACAACUCUCAAAUGUUGAAGUAGAGCCAGUGCCAAUUGAGGAAGAUGAAUUGUUAAAUAGGAAAGUUAUGAGUGCUGAUGUGAAAGAGAAUGUAAUAGACGAAAAUGAAAAUAUUCCUCUAAAGACAUCAACUGCAAGGCUAGAAGAAUUACUAGACAAGGCAGACGAUGUCCAACUAGUUCCAUCAAAUAACUAUGAUAUUGGUUUAAUUAAGGAAUUAUUUUGCACUGCUGAACAAAUAGAAAAAUUUGUUCAUCAUGGACCCAUUGCUCACCCAACAAAAUUUCCAAAAGAUCCAUUGUCUAAGUCAUUUCCGCGCACGUUAUUUCACAUUGCCAUGCCAAAUGGCGAAAAAAUUCCACGAGAUUGGCUAACAUGGAGUGAGACGAAGAAUGCACUUUACUGUUUUCCCUGCCGACUUUUCUCUAAAAUGCCAGAAACCCAUCAAUCGGCAUUAUCUCUGCCAACAGGAUAUUCCAAGCCCAAGGACAAUAAAUGGAAGAAACUUUAUGAAAAAAUUCCUCAUCAUCAAUCCAGCAGUGGGCAUAAGAUGUGUUAUGUAGAAUGGAGACGAUUAGAAGAAAAUCUCAGAGAUAAUACAACUAUCAAUUUUCUACUAAAUGAUAAUAUAAAGACAGAAGUAGAAAGAUGGAGGCAAAUACUUCGUAGAGUAUUAGAUGUUAUCUUGUUUUUGGGUGAAAGAGGUCUUGCAUUUAGAGGCGAUAGUCAUCUAAUUGGUGACCCCAAAAAUGGGAAUUUUUUGGGAAUUAUGGAACUCAUUGGUCAUUACGAUUCCAUUCUACAUGAUCAUCUCGAAAAAGUAAAAGCUUCUCAACAGAGCCAUAAGCGAAUGCAAGCACAUUAUUUGUCAAAUGAUAUCCAGAAUGAGUUUAUUCAGUGCUGUGCAGAUAAAGUCAGAUGUGAUAUUAGAUGA